AUGACCGGAAAAAUCAGCUCAGCCAACCUGGGGUCACAGUUGAAACUCAGCCUCCAGAGCCCCAAGUCCCCUCGUCUGACCCCUGGCGGACAGGGACCACUGGACACCUUGACCUGGUUCCCCUCCCUGCCCAGCAACACCCUGAACUACCGCGUGGCCGUGGGGAAGCACAACCUGACAGUGGAUGAGGAGGGCUCCGUGAUCGUGGGCGAGGACACCAUCUAUGUCCACGAGAAGUGGAACUCCUUCCUGGUGCGCAAUGACAUUGUCCUCAUCAAGCUCGCAGAGCCUGUGGAGCUGAGUGACACCAUCCAGGUGGCCUGCCUGCCAGAGAAGGACUCCGUGCUGCCUCAGGACUACCCCUGCCUUGUCACUGGCUGGGGUCGCCUCUGGACCAAUGGCCCCAUCGCUGAUGAGCUACAGCAGGGCCUGCAGCCCGUGGUGAGCUAUGCCACGUGCUCCAGAUGGGACUGGUGGAGCUACAUGGUGACGAUAUCCAUGGUGUGCGCUGGGGGUGACGGCGUCAUCUCCUCCUGCAACGCCAACAGUGGGGGCCCGCUGAACUGCCAGGGGGAGAACGGUGCCUGGGAGGUGCAUGGCAUCGUCAGCUUCUGCUACCGAGAGGGCUGCAACACCCAUAAGAAGUCCACGGUCUACACCCGCGUGUCCGCCAACACGGACUGGGUCAACCAGAAAAUGCAGCUGUGA